AUGGAAAAGUUGGUGGAGCGGGUUCAUUGUGGCGCCGCAUUUGGUUUCGAGGAUAGCUCACUGCGAAGACUUCACGGCAAUUACGUGACCCGUUCUCGAGGACAUUGCGAUGGGAAGAAGUGCUUUGGAUCGUUAUCAGGUGACAAGAGAGCGGGUUUGGAUCAAGCGUACCACGACGACUCUCUCUUGCACGUCUGUGCUCCUGAUGAGAAGACUCGCUACCAGUCUUCAGCGUUUUUGAAUUUUGAUCCGUCAAACGAAAGAACAACCACAAUACCAAAAGACCGACCAGUUCACAUUUUUACGGAAGGAAUAUAUGACUUGUUCCACUACGGUCACGUCCGACAACUAAAGCAGGUGAAAGAAGCGUUUCCUGAUGUCAUAGUUACUGCUGGAGUAUGCAGCAAUGAAUUGGUAUGUAAGUACAAGGGUGGCCCCUUGGUGAUGACAUUCGAGGAACGCUUCACUUCUGUGGCAGAAUGUAAAUAUGUGGAUAGACUUAAUUAUUUUCAUGCCGAUCUGAUUGCCCAUGAUGGCGCUCCUUAUGCGGGAAUAGAUGGCGAAGACUGCUUCAAACCAUUCAAAGAGCUCGACCGCUUUCUCCCUACUCAGCGGUAA